AUGGACAGCGACAGCAGCAACGACAAAUAUGAGGGCCCCAGCGACCCGGGGCGGCGCAGCAGCAGCAGCAGCAGCAGCAGCGACAGCGACAGCAGCAGCAGCAGCAGCAGCAGCCGCAGCAGUAGCAGCAGCAGCAGGAGAAAACAGCAGAACAAAACGGGAAGCAGCAGCCCUGGAGGUGCUGAGAGCCACGGCCGCAGCCGCAGCAGAAGCCGCAGCAGCAGCAGCAGCCGCAGCAGCAGCAGCAGCAGCAGCAGCAGCAGGAGGGGCAGCAGCAGCUCCGAAACAGAUGAAGACUUCUUGAGAAAGGACCAUUCGGAGGUGUCUGACAUUGAGGAGUUCCUGUGGGGCCGCCCAAGCACUGCAGCAGCAGCAGCAGCAGCAGCAGAUGCAGCAGCAGCAGAAGACGACGACCUGCUAGAAGAUGCAGAUUACUUGAAGGGAAAUGCUGCUGCUCCUGCAGCAGCAGCAGGCGGGGAAGCAGCAGCAGCAGCAGCAGCAGCAGCAGGCGAUGAGGACUACCGCACGAAGACCUCUGCAGCCGCAGCAAGUGCAGCAGCAGCAGCACGAACUGUGCUGCUGCAGCAGAGCAGCAAAGCAGCAGCACUCUUCGAUGAAGAAGCCCCUCCUUUCUUGCGCGCUGUGCUGCUGCAUGAUGCAGCAGCAAGAAUGCGGAAGCAGCAGCUGAUGCUGGCAGCUUUAAACGACCUUACCCACGCAGAAGUGCGGCACGACGCAGCAGCAGCAGCAGCAGCAGCUGCUGCAGCAGCAGCAGCAGGCAGUGCUGCUGCAGCAGCAGACGCCUCCCAGCAGCCGCAGCCCCUCCGCCCAGGGCGGCGCAGCAACGGCGCCGAGCCGCUUUUCAGUGACCCUUCCCAGCAGCAGCAGCAGCAGCAGCAGGAGCAGCAGCAGCAGGAGCAGCAGCAGCAGCAGCUGCUGCUGCAGCAGCAGCAGCAGCAAAAAGCAGCACUAAAAGCCCAAAAUCCUAAACUGGCCAAAAUCAUGCAGAGUGUCUUCGGCAAGAGCAAGCCGGUGGGCCGUUUUGGGGUGUACGGACAGCAGCAAGGCUCCAGAGCAGCAGCAGCAGCAGCAGCAGCAGCAGCAGGUGCAGCAAAUAGGGCAGCAGCAGCAGCACCUGCGCAGCAGCCAGUCUUUGUCACUCCACCAGCCAGCAGCAGCAGGGACCCGUCCUCCCAAGGGGAGGCCGAACAAGGGGCUGAAGCAGCAGCAGCAGCUUUACGAAAUAGAAGAUGGCCACCUCACCUACCAGCACCCGCGCUUCUGUGUCUUUGCUAUUUUCGUGAGGCAGCAGCAGCAGCAGCAGCAGCAGCAGCAGCAGCAGCAGGAGCAGCUGCUGCAGCACCAGCAGCAGGAGCAGCUGCUGCAGCAACAGCAGUGGCACGAGUAGCUGCAGCAGCAGAAGAGGCUUUCACUGCAGCUGCUGGGAAAGUUCCAGCUGCAGCACACACGGCUGCUGCUGCUGCUGCAGCAGCAGCAGCCUUCAGGCUGUGGCAGCAGCAGCAGCAAAAGAAGCAGCAGCAGCAGCACGUGCUUGUGAAGUUUGCUGCCGUUUGCUGCUGCUUGCUGCUGCAGGAAAAGGACUUGGUGCUGCGCUGCCUCAUGCCCCUGUGGCAGCAGCUAAGCAGCCUUUAUGACCAGGCCGAAGGCAACAGCGAGGAGCAGCAGCAGCACUAUUUGCUGCUGCUGCAGCUGCUGCGCUGCCUCAGCACUUUGGCUGUGCCUCCUCCAGUGGAGUGGAUCAAGGCAAGCUCAGGCAGCAGCAGCAGCAGCAGCAGCAGCAGCAGCAGCAGCUUUGAAUUGCUAGCAGCAGCAGCAUAG